AUGUCGUGUUACCGAGGUCCUCGUUUCAAAAAAAUACGCCGCCUGGGGGCUUUACCAGGGCUAACUAAUAAAAGGCCCAAAGUUGGAAGUGAUCUUAGAAACCAAUCGCGUUCCAGGAAAAAAAACUCCCAAUAUCGAAUUCGUUUAGAAGAAAAACAAAAAUUGCGUUUUCAUUAUGGUCUUACAGAACGACAAUUACUUAAAUACGUUCGUAUCGCCGGAAAGGCAAAAGGGUCAACAGGUCAGGUUUUACUACAAUUACUUGAAAUGCGCCUUGAUAACAUUCUUUUUCGCUUGGGUAUGGCUCUGACUAUUCCGGGAGCUCGCCAAUUAGUUAACCAUAGACAUAUUUUAGUCAAUGGUCGUAUAGUAGAUAUACCAAGUUAUCGUUGCAAACCCCAAGAUACUAUUGCGGCGAGGGAUGAACAAAAAUCUAAAGUUCUAAUUCGAAAUUCUCUCAAUUCAUCCCCCCAUGAGGAAUUGCCAAACCAUUUGACUCUUCAACCAUUCCAAUAUAAAUGA